CGACCGCGCGCAUCUUCCUCUGGAAACGCAACCGCUGGAGCUCGCGGGCAUUGCCUUCCUAGGAUUGGAGGGUGGCCGGACGUGAAACAGAAAACGACCAUCCCUGGGGCUGCUCCUCUACUUCCAAGACCGCGGUGUCCCAGCCCAGCUGCCUGUGUGGAAGAAAUUGUGACUUCCCUCCAGGCUUCCUUUCUCCACCUUCCAGCUUGACCAAGAAGCAGCCCUCCAGGGAGUGCUGGAGCUAAGGGUUGUUUGGAGACAGAACCAGCCCAGGGAGCACCACAGGAGAACAGGCCCUGGCAAGAGGCGGUGAUGCUGGGGUGCUCUCUUUGGGGCUGUGCACCCCCUACGUUAAGUGGGGAGAGGCGAGGAGUUGGGGGACUGGAGCUGCUGCUCCUGCUGCUCCUCUCCAGCUGGGUUUGGGCUCAGCAGCCACGACUGCCAACCGCCCUGUGCCCUGCGCUAUGUGAGUGCUUCGAGGCAGCCCAAACAGUGAAGUGCAUCAACAAGAAUUUGACAGAGGUGCCUCCCGAGUGGCCACCUUUCGUGCAGGACCUCUUUCUCACCAGUAACUGCAUCAGGAACCUCUCCUCUGCCUCCUUCCUCUCCGCCUCUCUCUCGGAGCUCAGCAGCCUCAACCUGAGGGGCAACCAGCUGAGCCGGGUGGGCGCUGAGACUUUCGCAGGGCUGCCCCACCUGAAGCAGCUGGACCUGAGUGAUAAUGCACUCACUUGGCUCAGCCCCAAGGCCCUGGGCAAUGCCAGCAGCCCCUUGGAGGAACUGGACUUGAGCAACUCCCUCUACAAUCACAGCAUCGUGCUCCUCGUUGCCGAGCUGCUCCAGAUGGGCACGCUUCUCAACUUGAAGCGCUUGGACCUGUCGGAUAACAAUCUGAUUUAUCUGCCGGCCAGCAUGUUCUCCACGCUGCCCAAUCUGGAGCACCUGGAUGUGCAUAACAACUCUCUGGUGAGUUUGCAUAACGUGUUCUUUGGGAGCCUCCGCCGGCUGCAGAGCUUCAAUCUCAGCAGCAACGCUUUGAAGACCCUGAGGAAUGACACCCUCCAGCAGCUGCAGGGCCUCCCCUUGCUGGCUCUCAACCUCAGCCUCAACCCCUGGGUCUGUGACUGCCACAUCGAGGACUUGGUGAACUGGCUGAAGGAGAACAAGCAGGUGGAGGCCAAAGGGGCCCUCAAGUGCUCCUAUCCCCAGGAGUCACAAGAGCGCUCUUUGGUGAGCAUCAAUGUGUCACAGCUCAGCUGCCUGCUUCCUAUCGAUGACCAGACCCCGCUGCAGACCUCUUACGUCUUCCUUGGGAUAGUCUUGGCCCUCAUUGGUGCCAUUUUCCUUCUGGUUUUAUAUUUGAACCGAAAGGGGAUCAAAAAGUGGAUGUAUAAUAUCAGAGAUGCCUGUAGAGACCACAUGGAGGGCUAUCACUACAGGUACGAGAUCAACACAGAUCCCAGGCUAACAAACCUGAACUCCAACUCAGAUGUCUGAAGAUACACUAUGGGGAAGUGGGCCUGAUGCAUGAUAGCCAUGCAUGAAAUGUAGACUUUAGCUUUAUUCCUUCCCUCCAUCUACUUCCUGCCCCCUUUUCACCUAGACAUCAGAGACUUCACAUGUGCAGAGAAUUAUGCCUCCCUGCACAACAUUCACAUUAUUGUUAUUAUGAAUGAGGUGCAUGGUACCAGGCUAUAUGUAAGAAACCCGUUACUACCUUCCAGCCUGUUUUCUUUGCAACUCACUACCAGUUCGUGGUUGGAUAUUUCUCAGCAUCUAAAAAGAUAAGGAACAUUUCCCUCUUUGUUUCCCCCUCUGAUAUUUUCAAAGCAUGAGCGCAUAUUAAAAAGUACCAUUCAACAAAGACUGCCUCAACUUUUUUUGAGAGAAAUGUUUUACUGAUUGCUAGAAGGUUGUCUUUAUGCCUCCUAAUUGUGAAGAGGCCUAUAGAUUGCAUACAU